CCCGCGGCUGGCAGAGCAGGAGCAGGAGCAGGAGCAGGAGCGAGCGCGGCGCGGGAGGCGGCGGCGCGAAGAGCCGGGCGCGGCGGUGGUGGCGGCCGAGCGAGCGGAGCCGCAGCCCCUUCCCCGCUCCUCCGCGCGCCCCUCCGCCCGCUGCGCCCGCGCGCACCUGAGCCCCAGCCCGCGGAGACAUGAGCGCCCAGCGGCCCGACGCACCCGAGGCGCAGCGGCCCGGCCCCGCGGCCCCGUGAUGGGCUCCUGCGUGUCGCGAGAUCUGUUCACAAGUGCCCACAAGGACUGCCCCAUGCCCCAGGGCACGGAUCCCCUGAACCCAGACUUGCCCUCCAGCUGCCCACCCACCACUGCACCAGACCGCGUCACUGGCAAGGACAAACAGAUGGAUUUCUGUUGGGAUCCUUGGCAGAGGUGCUUUCAGACCACCAAUGGCUACGUGUCCGACUCCGGAUCCUACUCCAGCAACUACAACGUGGCGGCCCUGGCCACCUCGUCCCUUGUGGGGGUGGUGCAGAGCAUCAAGGACCACAUCACGAAGCCCACGGCCAUGGCUCGUGGCCGCGUGGCCCACCUCAUCGAGUGGAAGGGCUGGAGUGCCCAGCGGUCCGGCUGGGAGCUGUCCCCAGCCGAAGACGAGCAGUACUGCUGCCUCCCGGACGAGCUGCGCGAGGCCCGCUUUGCCGCAGGUGUCGCCGAGCAGUUUGCCAUCACAGAGGCCACACUGAGUGCCUGGUCCUCGCUGGACGACGAGCAGCUGCACCCUGAGAACAGCCCCCAGGACGUCGUCCAGCUACAGGACUUGGAGAGCGUCUAUCUUCAGGACAGUGUUCUGAGCGGUCCCUCACAGGAUGACAGUCUUCUGGCCUUCUCCUCCCCUGGCCUCUCCCCCCACGACUGGCCCUCACCCGAGGAGCCCUCCAUCACAGCUGCCACCCCACAGACCCCGAGCCCCGAGCAGCAGCAUCGACGGCGGCUGCCGGGGGGCCCGGAGCCCGAGGUGGGGGCCCACCUGCAGGGCUCCCUGCCCUCGGUGGACAGCGGCUCCCUCUCAGAGGAGGAGGAUGACGUGUUCUAUAACUGAGGCCGGGGCUCUGCCACCCGGAGCCCACUCACACCGUGACCUUGCCUGCAGGGCAGCCCAGGCUUAUCAGGAUGCCGGGGUCCAGGCUGGGCAUCUCUUGACCCGUGAGGGCAGGCACAGGGUGGCUGCAGCGUGGAUGGGGGGCCAGCAGUCCCUGUGGACCACUCUGUGCCUCCGUGGACCUGCCCCCAGCAGUGGGAGCCAUAAUCUCCCCCUCCCUUCUUUACUUGGCUCAGGUGGGCACCUUCCCUGCAGGGUUUCUGCCAUCAGCGAGUUCAAGGACUCUCAGCAGACACCAGGGUAAGCCAGCCAGAGGAGCUGACAGCCAGGACCCCAGACAGACAGCCAGGGAAGGGCUUGGGAGACCCAGGUGGAGUGGGGCCUGGGGACCCUGCCUUGACUCGGGGCUCAGUCCCUUCCCAUCUCCCUCUGUGCUCCUGCCCCCAUCAGCGGUGGGGUAGCCUCUUCGGGUAGCUGAGCAUCUGCUCCUCAGCUGUCAUCACGAGGAUACCUCUCUCCUUAGAGUGUCCAUCCGUCCCUCACUCUCUGAACCCUGGUGCCCCUGCCUCCUUGCACCCUCCUCCCAUCUCCCUGAAGGGUCCCUGAAGGCAUUAAAGUGAUGGAUUCA